CAGGCUAAGCCAUGACUUCAGGAUCUGGGCAUGUGGACUCCAAGGCUGAGCUCACUGCUUUGCUUGAGCAAUGGGAGAAAGAACAUGGCAGUGGGCAAGACAUGGUCCCUAUUCUCACCAGAAUGUCCGAGCUGAUUGAGAAGGAGACUGAAGAGUACCGCAAAGGGGAUCCAGAUCCGUUUGAUGACCGACACCCAGGUCGAGCGGACCCAGAGUGCAUGCUCGGUCACUUACUGAGGAUACUUUUCAAGAAUGAUGAUUUCAUGAAUGCGCUAGUGAAUGCUUAUGUGAUGACAAGCAGAGAACCUCCAUUAAACACUGCUGCCUGCCGACUUCUUCUGGACAUCAUGCCGGGGCUGGAAACAGCUGUUGUCUUUCAGGAAAAGGAAGGCAUAGUUGAAAAUCUCUUUAAGUGGGCGCGAGAGGCUGAUCAGCCGCUACGGACAUAUGCAACAGGGCUAUUAGGAGGAGCUAUGGAAAACCAAGAUAUUGCUGCAAAUUACAGGGAUGAGAACUCGCAAUUGGUGGCUUUGGUGCUUCGGCGGCUACGAGAGCUACAGGUUACUGAAAUGACUACAAAACAAGAAAACAAGCGUCCCAGUCCUCGGAAGGUGCCAUCAGACCCUCUGCUGCCUCUAGAUGAAGAGGCUGUGGAUAUGGACUAUGGGGAGAUGGCAGUAGAUGGAGAGCAAGAGGAAGUUUCUGGGGAUAUGGAGAUCUCCUUUCAUCUUGAUUCAAGUCACAAGACCAGUAGCAGAGUAAACUCUGCUACAAAGCUAGAUGAUGGGGGACUGAGAAAAAGCAAGUUAGGGAAACAGCAUGAAAGAGACGGCUUCCGGAAGGCCAAGCAAAAGCUGGGCUUCUCUACUUCAGAACCAGAGCGGAUGUUUGUUGAACUGUCCAACAGCAGCUGGUCAGAAAUGUCCCCAUGGGUGAUUGGCACUAAUUAUACACUUUACCCUUUGACUCCCGCCAUAGAGCAGAGGCUAAUUCUUCAGUACCUGACUCCCUUAGGGGAGUACCAAGAGCUACUACCCAUCUUUAUGCAACUGGGGUCAAGGGAGCUGAUGAUGUACUACAUCGAUUUGAAGCGAACCAACGAUGUGCUGCUCACUUUUGAAGCCCUUAAGCAUUUGGCAUCACUGCUGCUGCACAACAAAUUUGCAACGGAGUUUGUUGCUCAUGGAGGAGUGCAAAAGUUGCUGGAGAUUCCUCGUCCUUCCAUGGCAGCAACAGGGGUCUCCAUGUGCUUAUAUUACUUGUCUUACAAUCAAGAUGCCAUGGAGAGGGUGUGCAUGCACCCCCAUAACGUGCUUUCAGAUGUAGUAAACUACACCUUAUGGUUAAUGGAGUGCUCCCAUGCCUCAGGCUGCUGCCAUGCUACCAUGUUCUUCUCCAUUUGCUUCUCCUUCCGUGCUGUCCUGGAGCUCUUUGACAGGCAUGAUGGCCUUCGACGUCUGGUUAACCUGAUAAGCACUCUUGAGAUCUUGAACCUGGAAGACCAAGGCGCCCUUUUGAGUGAUGAUGAGAUCUUUGCUAGUCGCCAGACUGGGAAACAUACCUGCAUGGCCUUGCGUAGGUACUUUGAGGCUCAUCUUGCUAUCAAACUUGAACAGGUGAAGCAGUCACUUCAGCGCACUGAAGGUGGCAUUCUGGUCCAUCCACAGCCCCCCUACAAGGCCUGUUCGUAUACUCAUGAGCAGAUCGUAGAGAUGAUGGAGUUCCUGAUUGAGUAUGGCCCAGCACAGCUCUACUGGGAGCCAGCAGAGGUUUUUCUCAAAUUGUCUUGUGUCCAGCUCAUGCUUCAGCUCAUUUCAAUAGCAUGCAACUGGAAGACAUACUAUGCAAGGAAUGACACAGUACGAUAUGCUUUGGAUGUACUAGCCAUCCUGACUGUCGUUCCUAAAAUCCAGUUGCAGUUGGCAGAACCUGUGGAUGUGUUAGAUGAAGCUGGAUCUACUGUUUCCACUGUGGGUAUUAGUAUCAUCCUUGGAGUUGCCGAGGGUGAGUUUUUCAUCCAUGAUGCUGAGAUUCAGAAAUCAGCCCUUCAGAUUAUCAUCAAUUGUGUAUGUGGCCCAGAUAAUCGGAUCUCCAGUAUUGGCAAAUUCAUCUCUGGAACUCCUCGGCGAAAGCUUCCUCAAGCCCCCAAGAGCAGUGAGCACACGUUAGCUAAGAUGUGGAAUGUGGUACAGUCCAACAAUGGCAUCAAAGUGCUGCUGUCAUUGCUGUCUAUAAAGAUGCCAAUCACAGACGCAGAUCAGAUCCGAGCAUUAGCCUGCAAAGCCUUGGUGGGGCUCUCGCGCAGCAGUACUGUCCGGCAGAUUAUCAGCAAGCUCCCUCUCUUCAGCAGCUGUCAAAUUCAGCAGCUGAUGAAAGAGCCAGUUCUUCAGGACAAGCGCAGCGAGCAUGUGAAGUUCUGCAAAUAUGCUGCUGAGCUGAUAGAGCGUGUCUCGGGGAAGCCGUUGCUGAUCGGCACAGAUGUCUCUCUGGCUCGGUUGCAGAAAGCGGAUGUGGUGGCCCAGUCAAGGAUCACGUUCCCUGAGAAGGAGUUGCUGCUCCUGAUUCGGAACCAUCUCAUCUCUAAGGGCCUGGGAGAAACUGCAUCAGUCCUGACUAAAGAGGCUGACCUACCCAUGACUGCAGCAUCUCAUUCAUCUGCCUUCCCCCCUGUUGCGGCUGCUGCCUCUCCUGUGGCCUUGCCUCGCACUCCUCGCAUAGCUAAUGGCAUUUCAGCCCGUUUGAGUAGCCACACUUCUGUAGCUUCCACUGCCACCUCUGUCCAUGCUCAGGCAAGGCCAUCGGCAUCCCAAGGUCCGCUUGCCCUUCCCGGCCCCUCAUAUGCCAGCAACUCUCCUCUGAUUGGCAGGAUUAGCUUUGUCAGGGAGAGGCCGUCUCCCUGCAACGGCAGAAAAAUCAGGGUGUUGCGACAAAAAUCGGACCAUGGCGCCUACAGCCAGAGCCCAGCUAUCAAAAAGCAGCUGGACAGACACCUUCCUUCCCCACCCACGCUGGACAGUAUAAUCACAGAGUACCUUAGGGAGCAGCAUGCCCGCUGCAAGAACCCUGUUGCCACUUGUCCCCCUUUCUCUCUCUUUACUCCCCAUCAAUGUCCUGAGCCAAAACAGAGGCGCCAAGCGCCAACUAACUUUACCUCACGGCUGACCCGCAGGGCAGCCUUUCCGAAGUACGGAGGGGUGGAUGGUGGCUGCUUUGAUAGACACCUUAUAUUUAGCAGGUUCCGUCCGAUUUCUGUGUUCAGGGAAGCAAAUGAGGAUGAGAGUGGCUUUACCUGUUGUGCAUUUUCUGCAAGAGAACGAUUCUUAAUGCUGGGUACUUGCACAGGGCAGUUGAAACUCUAUAAUGUAUUCAGUGGACAGGAAGAGGCCAGUUACAACUGCCAUAACUCUGCCAUCACGCACCUUGAGCCAUCCAGAGAUGGAUCUUUAUUGCUGACAUCUGCUACGUGGAGCCAACCUCUGUCUGCAUUGUGGGGAAUGAAGUCUGUCUUUGAUAUGAAGCAUUCCUUCCCUGAUGACCACUAUGUGGAGUUCAGCAAGCACUCUCAGGAUAGGGUCAUUGGCACAAAAGGAGAUAUUGCCCAUAUCUAUGAUAUUCAGACUGGCAACAAGCUAUUGACUCUGUUUAACCCAGAUCUUGCCAACAACUACAAGAAGAACUGUGCCACCUUUAACCCCACUGAUGACCUUGUCCUAAAUGAUGGUGUCCUCUGGGAUGUCAGAUCGGCACAAGCCAUCCACAAGUUUGACAAAUUCAACAUGACCAUCAGUGGUGUUUUCCAUCCCAAUGGGCUAGAGGUCAUAGUCAACACCGAAAUUUGGGACCUCCGAACUUUCCAUUUGUUACACACAGUACCUGCACUGGAUCAGUGUCGUGUGGUCUUCAACUAUACUGGCACAGUUAUGUAUGGAGCUAUGUUGCAGGCAGAUGAUGAAGAUGACCUUCUGGAGGAGAGAAUGAGAAGUCCUUUUGGCUCUUCUUUCAGGACAUUUAAUGCAACUGAUUAUAAACCUAUAGCUACCAUAGAUGUAAAGCGGAAUAUCUUUGACUUGUGCACAGACAGCAAGGACUGCUAUCUGGCUGUAAUUGAGAAUCAAGGGAGCAUGGAUGCCAUGAACAUGGAUACAGUUUGCAGACUGUAUGAAGUGGGCAGGCAGCGUUUGGCAGAAGAUGAAGAGGAUGAAGAAGAAGAUCAG